GCAAGCUACCGGGGUUCCCAGAUAACGGGACUAUCGUAACGGACACACACGCACACACAGACGGAUGGUGGGACAGAGCCAAAGAGACGAAUUCCGCUUAACGGGUACCGUGUUGUUUUCUUUUCGUUCAGUUUUAACAUUUCGUGCCCAAGCAGUGUUGCUUAUUUAUUUCUUUAUGUAUCGAUUGAUUGCGUUUUAAUUACUGGCUCGUGAGUGGAAGCGAAGGGAGAGCGCGUAGAGCCGCUGCGUAGCCUUACACGUACGUGACUACUUAAAUAUAUUAAGCGAUUAUUUUAUAUUUUAUACAAAAAAAAAAAAUCAUAUGCUGCUUGAAAUGCGUGCAAGGUGCGCGAGAUAAACCACACAGUAGGAGAGCUAGAAACCAAAUAGAGAAACCAAAUAUUCACGUUAAACCUUUGUAAACCGUUUUAAAGCCAGCAGCCGCGAUUGAUUGUAAUGAACCAAAUAGUUUUUGUACUAAAGUGAACACAAUUUUGACUCGAGAUUUGUUUAAAAAGCGAAACCAAAGUGGAACCAGAUCGCGGCGCGCGCAAGGCCAUUGUGACGUUUACCGGCCGCACACCUGGUCUCGCGCGGGAUAUGCAAAACCCAGGAAAUCUUACGAGUUAAAAAGUUAUAGUGACAACCAACGGUUCGACAUUUGCUAGCGUAUGUCUAAACGUCCUGUUAUUCAAAGUUGCUGAUUAGAUUCACGGAUUUGUCAGCUAAGCAAUUGUCGAGUGACUACAAAAACACUUUUAAUAGCUAGACGAUAUUAAGACCGCUUGAAAGAUCCGGACUAUCCGUCUGUGUGUCAGUCCGAGAUAGAGCAUCCCCGAGGAAGUAGUAAUGACUGUGAGGCGUAAUACCAAAAAUGUAAAGAUAGCUUGAGCAGUUUACUUACGUUAAACCAAAUACUAACUGUUACCAAAAAGGAACAACCUCAAAACAGUCUACUUGACAAAAAAGCAACCAAAGAUAAAGAAACUCAAGACAAGCGCCAAACACAAGAGACCAUAGAAGAAAAGCCCAGACGACAACGGAUCAUGUUUGUUCCCUUGCCGGUGCCGUUAGUGUUUCAGAGAACCGCUCCUGAUUUCAGCGCCUGGCGACUCAAGUCUCCGCUGCCUCUGCGCUCCGGUAACUCCGUAGAUAUCAGGAUGUCUAAAGCUGUCGAUGACGAUAAGAUGGGGACUGAGUUUCCAGUCGAUAGUACAGACUCUGAGAGGAACAGUCCAGAGGCCAGCGAUCAGAUCCAGCCAAUGAAAACAAGUCCGUUCUGCCUGUCUCCUGCACCCAGCAACACAAAGGUUAAAGCCGAGGAGGCCGUUGAGAUGACCAGUGUUCACGCUCCUCCUCCUCCUCCAGUUCAGCCUUCUCUACCACACACACAACUCAUGCUGGCAGGCAGUCAGCUCGCAGGGCUGGCCGCUCUCCUCCCUGCACAGCAGCAGCUGUUGUUGCAGCAGGCUCAAGCGCAGCUGUUAGCCGCAGCCGUGCAGCAGUCAAACGCAGCGCAUGCGGCCCACGCAGCUGCCGCAGCCAAUCAGCAGCAGCACACGCAACAGCAGCAGGCCAAUCAGGCCGCAGCACAAGCCCAGUCUCAAGCCAAACAUGAGCAAGCUCCGCCUCCUCUUCUAUCGCAGCCUAUCCAGCUCACUGCCCAGGACAUUCAGCAGUUGUUGCAGUUACAGCAGUUGGUACUGAUGCCAGGUCAUCCUCUACAGUCCCCUGCCCAGUUCCUGCUGCCUCAAGCCCAGGCUCAGCAGGGUCAGCAAGGUUUGCUUUCGACAUCAAAUUUGAUUUCACUACCUCAGCAAAGCCCAGGGAGUCUCCUGACCACCCCACCUAGACUGGGGCUUCAAGCACAGCGUCAUCUUGACGACAGGCUGUGGUCAUUGCAGAGGGAGAAGAACGUGGAGAGCAUUGUGAGCUCCGCCCCUUCCUCCGCCCCUCCCAUGAGCUCCGUUCCCACGGCGACGCCCCAUCCCGAGGAGCCCAGCGACCUGGAGGAGCUCGAACAGUUUGCCAGAACCUUCAAACAGAGGCGAAUUAAACUUGGGUUCACACAGGGGGACGUCGGUAUGGCCAUGGGGAAACUGUACGGCAAUGACUUCAGUCAGACCACCAUCUCACGUUUCGAGGCUCUCAACCUCAGCUUCAAGAACAUGUGCAAGCUCAAACCCUUGCUGGAGAAAUGGCUGAGCGAUGCAGAAACCAUGGCGAUAGACAACAUGCUUCCGAGCCCCAGUUCUCUGUCUUCACCUCUGCUGGGCUUUGAAGGGUUGCCUGGACGCCGCCGAAAGAAACGCACCAGCAUCGAGACCAACGUCCGCAUUGCCCUGGAGCGCAACUUCAUCUCGAACCAGAAGCCUACCUCUGAAGAGAUCCUGCUGAUGGCCGAGCAGCUCAACAUGGAGAAAGAGGUCAUCCGCGUCUGGUUCUGCAACCGACGGCAGAAAGAGAAGCGCAUCAACCCCUCCAGCGCCACCCCUCCGCUGCCCACUCAGCCCCCAGCACAGACGCACAAGCCCCCCUGCUACAGCCCGCACAUGAUGUCCAGUCAGGGACUGGUUCAGGUCGCUACCAGUCUCAGCACAACAGCCGUCAGUCCCACACCUUCUGUGGCCUGCCCUCUCAACCCCAGUGGACAUGGAGCGUUGAGCUCCGCCCCUUCUUCGGUGACUCCGCCUCCUCUCAGCACAGUGAGCCCCACCCCGCCGAGCCUCGGCAGCCCUGGCCUGAACACAGGGAACACAAUGAUGGGUGUAAGCACAGGAAUGAACCAGGCCCUCAUCAGCAGCAACCCUCUGGCCACAAUGCAAGCCCUAGCUGCCAGUGGUGGCCAGAUUCCCAUUUCUGCUCUUGAGGGCGGGGGUCAAAUGUUCCUGGGUGGAGCUGGAUGUCCAGGAGCUGGACUGCGCCAGUCCCUCUUCCUAAACCGCCCCACUUUACUGCCCCUGGCGAGGAGCGCAGGCAUGGGUCUGGUGGGCCACCCCAGAGCUUCUCCGCCUUCUGGCGUGAGAGGCGCAAGCCCAGACUCGUGCUCCAUCUCCCCCUGCUCAAGCCCCGCCUCCUUCUGCUCAUUAGGUGACGCCUCACCACCCCCUCUGGGCGGAGCUAUGGCUGAGUGACGCCCACACCAAGCUACUGCACUUGAGGGGAGUCAGAGGGACAGAAGAAUGAAGACAAACAAGACUCGCCUUUUCAACCAAAGCCAUCUCUCAAUCCCUCCAUUUCUCUCUUGUGCUCUCUCUCUCAUUAUGUCUUUGAAUGCCAAAAAUACAGAGAAAUGAGCAGAAGAGAAGAGGGAUAAGGAGAGAACAGGAUAACGGGGGACUUUUUAAACCAAAAAAUUGAUCUAUUCAGCGUGGAGAGGUGGCCUCAAUGGAGCUACUGUGGAGAAUGUACAUUUAUUCCUUUCUGAAUAGAAAAAGACAAACCUACAUGAACAGAUUUUUUUGAGGGCAGGGUCGUGAGCCAAAAAAACUUUUACGAAGAAACAUCAACAAAGGAAAACGGGUGGCAACGAAUGGAACAAAGAAAGGACAUUUGACAAGUGUCACUGGAUGGUAGAAAGAGAAACCAAAAAAUAAACACAUGGAAGAAGAAUGGAACGACUCACAAAGACAAAAAAAAAAUGACGAAAAAUACCAAAACCAAAAUACCAAAAAUCAAAACCAAAAAAUCGGAUAGAAAAGCUUUAACGAAGACUUUGAAACCUGAAUUGUCCAGGAUCAGAUUAACUCUACAAAACACCAAACACCUUUUGCUCGAUUUUUCCUUGUUUUUCAUGCACCCCAUGUAAGGUAAACUCGGUUUUGUUUCUUUUAAACUAUUUGUAAAUGUAUUUCUCAAUCUACCUCUGCUAUCAACUAUUUUGAUUUACGCAUUCUUUUUCAUUCCAUUUUCAUCAGCUUUUUUUCCUGUCAAAUUUAAGUUGAACAACAGAAUGAAAGAAGGGAUUUUUUUCAGUAUUACACACACAAACACACACAUAUACACUGAAGUUACUGUGAUUCCCUUUCCAUCACUGAUCAUCCGCUGGAACCCAUGCCUCAAUCUUUGACACACUUUUCUUGGAUACCAAAGCAUUCGUCUGGCCUUUUGCGUCAGCUAAAAAGCGUUCGGACGACAAGACCUCAGACAUGUCAAAAAAACAAAAAAAACAACAUACACAAGGAGAAAUUUUCAAAGAAAUCCCCCUGAGCCCCCAAACCCCUGCCCUCCAUCCUCUCUGGACCCCUCUCCUGUGCCUCGUGUGGUGAAAAAGGCCAAACGGAGAAAACGAACGACAGGAGCAGCGACUGAAGAGGAUCCGAGGAAACCUGCAGGGGGAAAUCCAACAACCGAGACGCGGAGGGGAGACUCGUUUUAUUUUUUUUCAACACACGGAUUAAACCAAAAAUGAAACCAAACCAAAACCAAUGGACUAAAACCGAACUUUACUCAAUGGAAUGAAACCAAAUACUAGGAGUGGACCACAGGAGGUGGACAAGGAGGACGUUUUUAGAGUAGCAAAGACGUGAAAAGACUCAACGUGGCUUUGACCAGAAGAUCAUUCCUUCACCUCCUCCCUCCUUUCCGUUAAGUCGAUGCUUUUGCUCUCCUUCCUGGACGGGAGAAUAUUUAUUAACCUCAUCGAACUGAACUUCAGAAUAUAUAUAUAUACAUAUAUAUUUUGUUUUAUUGCUUUUUUCCUCUUGGUCUGUCUGUUUAUGCUGUAUGACUCGUCUCAUUGCUUUAUAUUUUUGGGAUAAUGGGGUGACGUAUUGCCUAUUUUCAUAUUUCGUGUGUUUCGUCAUUUUGAAUUGAUCGUUCCGGGGGGGGUUUCCCUCAUCAGGCGGUUUGAAACAAUACUGUGAACAUGUAGCUUCCAAGUUUUGCUUCGAUUGCGAAUGUUGUGAAACGAUAAGCCAAAAGCGAAGAAAUACCAAAAGCGAAAACCUUUUCUUUUUCGACACCAAAUAGCAACCUAACCAAUGCACAACGCGUGGAGAAAGACCGUAUUGGUGCUAGGUCUCUUCGAGGAGAGAUAAAGAGUGUGUGAGACGUGUGUGAGUGUGUGAACGUGGAAGCUCAUCUCCAGCAUGGAAACCAAACCGAAACACGGCCAACUUAACUUUCGCUCGGCCAAACUGUUUUUUGACGAUGCGAUCUUAGACGCAUACAAAAACGCGGCAAACGAGAAAUGUAGAGGUUGUGGGGGACGGGGUGGGAUGGGGUUUAAAAGCAACUGGAAAUCCGGUUGGCGUUACACUUCUAGAGGGAAUGUACCUGUUAGUGCUUUGAUAGAUUUUGUAGGAAAAAAAAAAUCUAUGUUCAACUGCUUACUAUUGCUAAUGUAAUGUAAAAAAAAAGGCUGUGAUAAAAAUAGUCCUUAUGAAAUGUUAAUGAUGAUGAUGAUGACUUGAUUUUAGACCAAAAGCUUUAAACUGUCUCUCUUCGAUUUUUUUUUUUCCCUCGAAAAUUUGUAUUUAUUGUGUGUGGGGGGAGGGUGUAUCAAGGAUUUAUAUGUUUUCCGACUCUUCGUCUUAUUUAUUGGCUUAUUUAUGUAUUUAUAGCAUUUUAAUUUAUCGAUUCUGUCUUUUUUUAAAACUUUGUAAAACCAAACGGGGGAAAUGUGGGGUAGCUAAGAAAAAAAAAAAAGCAAGUGUCAACAAAGUUUUUGAAA